AUGGCAGACAGAGGACGAGCGCCAGCACGCGGCGGAGGACGCGGCGGCGCGCGUACGCCCGGUGGGCCCGCAGGCGCGGAUAAGCCCAAACGCGAGGCCAUCCUAGACUUGUCCAAGUACGCCGACCAGCGGAUCCGUGUGAAGUUUACCGGUGGACGUGAAGUCACUGGUGUCCUCAAAGGAUACGACCAGCUCCUCAACCUUGUUCUCGACGAUGUCAAGGAGGACGUCGCAGAUCCAGAGCCGAGGACAAGGUCGCUUGGCCUUGCUGUACUCAGAGGACCCACCAUCACGCUCCUCAGUCCCGUCGACGGCUUUGAAGAGAUCGCGAACCCUUUCAUGGCCGCGGAAUAG